AUGAACACACACACCAAGCCGUACACGUGUCCCCUGUGUCCGUACAAAGCUGCGCGCUCCGAGAGGCUCACCUGGCACGCCGCGAAAGUGCACGGCAAGAAGAUCUGCAUCAAGUGUUUCUAUGUCUGCGACGACCAGAUGACGCUGAGCGUCCACCAGUUGAGCACUCACCAGAACGGGCAGAGUCGGCAGGGCUUCACGUGCGUCAUGUGCGCCUACACGUUCAAGCUGCACACCGAGCUGGAGGCGCACAUGGUGGCCGAGCACGGGCGCGCCAUGCUCGACUGUUCCGUGUGUAUGUUCCGUACCACGGACCCGGCCGUGCUGACCGACCACGUUCGCUACAGCCACCAGCAGCGGCCGGGCGCGCAGCCGAGUCCGGCGCUUCCCGCCAGCGGCGGCAGCGCGGCGCCGCCCGUCAUCCUGAACGUGCCGUCCUGUCGCCAGGUGCGGCCGCCGCUGGUGUGCACCCACUCGGGCGGCACUCUGCGCUGUCAGGCGGCGCGGUGCCGUUUCGAGGCCGGCGACGCGGCCACCCUGCAGACGCACGUGUCGGCGCGUCACGCGGACGGCGCGCUGCGGUGCCCGCACUGCGCCGCGCCGCUCGGCUCGGUGCUCGAGUUCUGUCUGCACUGGCCGCUGCACCACGUGGCGCUGUGCUGGAGCUGCGCGCAGCUCACCGAGCAGCACUUCACCGUGCUGCAGCACGCGCCGCCGCCGGCCUCGAUGAGAACCGAAGAGGAGGAGGAGGAGGCGCUCUUCACCGGCGAGGAGGAGGAGGAGGAGGCGGCCGGCGGUGAGCGGGGCGCCGUCAAGAGGAGCCGCAAACAGCCGCGGCCACAGCGCCGGCCGUCGCCGGAAGCCGAGGACGGACAGCAGGAGAACGACAAAGAGUAG